AGUAACUGCGGGAUCCGAUGCAGCCACCGCCCCGGAACCAGGCCUUCCCUGUUCUGCCUUCCAGGAGGGGGCCUGGGAGUAGUCCUCGGGAGUGUAGUCUCCCGCACGUCCCGAAGUCCCUCUGGCCACCCGGCGUCGAUCCAGGCGGAGGCCGGGAGGGGGCCGCCCUCCCUGCGAGGCUCCAGACUCAGGCAUUUCCUCCCGGCUGCCCAGCGCGGCCUUUCCCUCCGAAAGAAGAAAAUUCGGGGGCCGGAGUAACUCAGCCGAUCGCCUCCGUGUGCAGCGGCUACGGAGCCAGGAGGGCCGCCCAGGGUAGGGUAGGAGUCCUGAGCAGAAGCUGGCGAGGGCAGUGCGGCGGGGACUGAGCGGGACUGGGACAGGGCGCGGCCAAGGGCCGGAGUGUGCUGCGCGGGCGGCGCCUGGAAGGGGAACUUGAGCUGGGAGAGGAGGCAGAGCAGCGGGGCUGCUGGUCCCGGCGCUGCGAGCGGGGAGCCGCCUCCAAGGCCAAGGACACGGGGGCCGCGGGGCCGCCGGGGCGCUGCGCGCAUGCUGAGCAGGGGCCAUCACCCGGGCUCGCGCCCUGGGCCGCCCGGGCUCCCGGCAUGUCGGUGCGGUACACGCUCAACCUGAAGGUCUUCUGGCCGGUGGUGACCGGGCUAUGCACGGCGCUGGUGUGCCUAUACCAUGCCCUGCGCAGCAGCGAGGGCGCCCGGGCCGAGCCACCCGACGGCGCAGAUAGCGGCUUCCCGCUGCUCAAGGUGGCUAUCCUUCUUAUCCUUGGCUACAUUCUCCUACGAUGUCGCCACACCAUCCGCCAGCACCUCUUGCCAGCCUCUUCCCGCCCGUGUGGCCACACCAACUUCUCAGCCAGACCCUUGCAAGAGCCAGGCCUGAGCAUCUUGUUGGAGAGUUACUAUGAGCACGAGGUGCGCCUGUCGCCGCAUGUGCUAGGUCACAGCAAGGCCCACGUGAGCCGGAUCGUGGGUGAACUAGUGCAGGCAGGCCGCGCCCGAGGGUCUCCAGGCCCCAUCACCGGGGGAGCACUGGCCUUGGCCUUCAGGGGAGAUUUCAUCCAAGUGGGCAGCGCCUACGAGCAGCAUAAAAUCCGCCGGCCAGACAGCUUCGACGUGCUGGUGCCACUGCGCCUGCCGCCGCAGGUGGCGCUGGAGCCACGGAGUCUGGGGAGAGAGCCCACACUGGCCCCCGCCUUCCGCAGUUGCUUCGUGUGUGCCCUCAAGGCACCGCCCUCGCCGUCGGGGACCUCGACAGGCCAGUGGCAUCGGGACUGCAAGCCCUUCGCUGAAGGGUUCUGUGUGGAUGUGCAGGGCCGGCGCCACCUCUCGGCUACCUUGGUGCUGCGAUGGUUCCAGGCGCACCUCCAGCGCUCCUUGGCCACUGUGCGCUACAGCCUGGAGGGUCGCUGUCGGGUCAGCCUGACCCCAGGUGGUCUGGAGCAGCCUCCCAUCCUCCACAUCCUUCCUUGCCGCACCGACUAUGGCUGCUGUCGCCUUUCCAUGGCCGUGCGCCUCAUCCCCGCUGUCCAUCUGGGCGAUGGCGUCUUCCUUGUGGCACCGCCACCACCACCCUCGCCCAGUGGGGCCCUGUCAGAGCUCCCGGGUGGCCUGCGCUCAGAGGCACUGUGGGGUGUGAAUACAGCACGCCAGGAGCAGAAAUUGCUGGGCUGUCUUCAGGAACGGGCGCCUCCAGGUGCCUGCUACCUCAAGUGCCUACAGCUGCUUAAGGCUCUUCGAGACCUGGGUGCCCGCGGGCUGGACCCUGUGGCUGCUACCCAAUGGGGACGCAUCCUGUCCUCCUACGUGCUCAAAACGGUGUUGUUGGCGGUGCUUCUGAAUGAGGGCGGCCCCAUGCACAGCUGGGACGAGGCACACCUGAGUGAGUGCUUGGAGAAGCUAGUGAAGUUCCUUAGGGACUGUCUGCUGCGACGGCGAGACCUCUUCCACUGUGUCCUGGGCCCAGGUGGGGCAGCUGCCGAAGUGGGCCCCCUGCCCAAAGCGUUGCGCGAGGCAUCUCCGGUUGACCUCCUGGCACCUUUCGACCUGCGUGCCCGGGAGCUUGCAGCAGCGCGGUUGCUGUCCACCUGGCGAAGGUUGCCCCAGCUUCUCCGGGCCUAUGGUGGCCCCCGCUAUCUUGCCAGGUGCCCCUCAACCCGGAGUCAACGCAUCCAGGGCUUCCCGGAAGAUGAACCAUGAACCCUGAUUACACUCCACCCGACCAAAUGCCCCUCUCCCACACGAUAGGAGUGAGGGUGGCAGUUAAAUUCGAGAUGAGCUGCAGAAAGUGUUAGGAAAUUUGGAGGGUGUUAAAGACUCUGGUGGCAUGUUCUGCCCUAGGCUCAAUGAGCCAAGAUAGCUGUGGCAUCCCCUGCAGGCCCAUUAGAGUGUCCUGGGUGGCCUUAUACACAAAGAUCUCUCUGCUCCCAACAGGCACAAUCAUGUUUGACAUACCUAUUUGUUAGAUACUAGGUUCUCAGCUAGGUUCCCAGUUUUUGGAGGGGUGUUGUAUGUUUGUUUAAGUUAUGGGGCUGGAAUCCUGGGCUUUGCGUAUGCUAGGUAGGUACUCCACAACAGAGCUACACAUCUUUAGGUCUCCUAGUUUUGUUUUUAAAGGGGAGAAAAAUCCUUGUCCACAACUGGAAUUGAGAUUCUAGUCCAGCUGUUAGUGUUCCAGAAUCAUAAUUUAGCCAUUCCCAUGAGCAUUCAUGUCUUUUUAAUGGUGCAAUCACAAGUUUGCUGAGCAAGAGUAAUGAAAUUGCUAUACAUUAAGUGACUUGUGCUAAGAGCUGGUUGGGAGCUGGUUGGCGACUUUCAGAGCAAGCAACACUUUAUGUCCAGUGGUUCUCUUGUCCAGUGGUGGUUGGAACCAGGGGCUAUUCAGAGGAUGCUCUAUGUAGUCGUUACCCCCACCGUUCACCACUCUCCAGGUCACAGGUGAGGAUCGGCAGUGACACUCGUCAUCUGUUCAUUUGAUCCAGGUACAAUGCAGAAGGAAAGGAUACUUAAUUAAGACAGGACUGGCAAAAGUGUGAAACCUAAGUCUUGAAAAAGAUCCUGCCUAAGGCUCCCUGUCAGCUGGACACAACCUCCGCUUUGUUUCAAAGCUUCUGAGCCCAGGGCGCUGCAGGCCUGUUGUAGAGUUUAAGAACCUAGAAGAAAAUGCUUGGCAAGCUGCCUGGUAAGGUUAGGCUGCAGUGAUACCUAGUGUUGGGUUAGAGGUUGGAAGGUUCUCGAUUGUCCAGAUGACCUUAUACAGUCUUGAAGGCCAGCUCUUGCUUCUGCUUAUGACCUGUGAAAGAGUAGCUUGCAGUAUAUGCUUGGGGACCUGUCAUUUCUCACCAGUGGGCAGAAGAGGUGGGCCACAGGAACUGAGGGAGGAAUGAGGGAGCUGGCCGUAGAGUGCUCUGCUCUUCCUGCUGUGAGUUCCCCCAGGCUGGGUGUAUCUUGCAGUUGGGAAGAGCCCACUCUCCAGGGCUUCUCAUUCUCCAGGCUUCCUGACAUCUCCGAACAGCAGCUCAAGUUUAGAACUUUCCAUCUUCCUCUCUCCUAGUGGGGAGUGUGGCCAGUCUCAGCAAUAAACUUAGGGAUUUUCUUUUUUAAACAGCAAAGAUCUGCUCCCUUAGACUCUGAAGUGAAGGUUGGAAGACAAAAACAGUCACAUGAAUAAGGCCAUUGUUUAUCCCCUAGCUAUCUGGUGGGAGCUCUGCAAACCCCUUCUUUAGGGCACUGUUGGCAGUCCAUGGGAAUAGAUUGUAAGGAACUUCUCUAUAGAGCUGUGUAGGCUUCUUGUGCCCAUUGCAGCUGUGGGCUGAAAGUCUCAGGAAACAGCUGUCUCAUUGAGUUGUUUGGGGGACCAUUCCUCUUGAUACCCCAAAGUCCUUCCUAGUAUUUUGAGGCCAAUAUUUGGUCCUAAGGUACGGCAUUGGAUGCAGAGGUUGUUCCGCCAGCCUCUUGCAAGGAUAGAAACUGCACAAUGGAUUUUAUUUUAAUUACUUUAGAAAGUCAAUGCCAAGGGAAGAUUGUGUGUGUGCGUGCGUGUGUGUGUGUGUGUGUGUGUGUGUGUGUGUGUGUGUGUAUACUACAUACAUAAUUUCCAUAUUCAGCCUGUUGAUUCCUCUAUAGUCAUUAAGUUGGAAUAGGGGACAGUGAGGCAAUUUUCGAAUUAUUAGAUUCCUUUUUUUAAAAAAAAUAAUCUUGAUUUUAAAGUAUAAAUCUGGCUAUUGUCAUAAAUAUGAAUAGCUUGUAUAAAUAUCUUUCUUGUAGGUUUUUCCCAUUAUUUUUAUUUUUUCUGGUUAAUUAACCAAAGCUUCAUCCAUCCUCAAAGUUUUAAAAUUUUAUUAUUAUUAUAUUAUUAUUAUUAAAUUAAUGGG